UCACGAAGCAGAGGAAGUGGAGCAGCGCUAGCUCCGAUCAUAUUAUCGAUCACCAUGUCUUCUUCUUAGAAGCAAAACAAAGCCCAGAACAAACAUCUUGCUCCAGCACGGAUUCUUGAAGAUGGCAGGCGAAGAGGAGAGAGGGGUGGUCCGUGUCAGAGUCAAGAAAUGUGAUGGGGUGCUCCCAAUGGAGUUUCGGUCCUUUGCUGUUGAUCCUCAGAUAACAUCACUGGAGGUUCUGCAGCACAUUCUCAUCAGAGCCUUUGAUUUGAAUGGGAAGCGGAGCUUUGGGAUCAGUUACCUGUCUCGGGAUAGGAGUGGUGCUGAAAUGUAUCAGUCUCUGGUGUCCGACUGGGAUUUGGAUGUUGCAUUUGUCAGUGCAGCGAAAACAUACCUACAGCUCAAGAUGGACGUAAAACCUUCAGAAGACAGUCCUGUUAUGGAGGACUGGGACAUCAUAAGCCCUAAAGACGUGAUUGGCUCUGAGCAGCUUCUUGCAGAGAGGACGAGGUCUCUGGCCUCCGCCGCUCUUCCUUUCACCCAGUCUCUACUGUCCCAGAUGGGCCGGACCUUGUCCAAGGUCCAGCAAGCUUUGAGCUGGUCUUAUGGGGAGGAAAUCAAGCCUUUCAAGCCUCCUCUCAGUGAUGCUGAGUUUCACAGUUACCUCAAUGGUCAGGGCCAAUUGACACGACCCGAGGAACUCAGACUGCGAAUCUAUCAUGGUGGUGUGGAGCCUUCUCUGCGCAAGGUUGUUUGGCGGUACCUUCUGAAUUUGUACCCUGAUGGACUGAGUGGACAGGAAAGAAUGGACUACAUGAAGAGAAAGACAAGGGAGUAUGACCAGCUGAAGAGAGAGUGGACAGCCCGGGUCAGUCAUGAGGACCUUGAAUUUAUUCGCGGAAAUGUUCUCAAAGACGUCCUGAGAACCGACCGGGCUCACCCUUACUAUGCUGGCUCAGAAGACAGUCCACAUCUGACUGCACUUACAGACCUGCUCACCACUUUUGCCAUCACACAUCCACAGAUAUCAUACUGUCAAGGCAUGAGUGAUAUCGCCUCCCCUAUACUUGCAGUAAUGGACAAUGAGGCGCAUGCCUUCAUUUGCUUUUGUGGCAUAAUGAAGCGUUUAGAGGGAAACUUCCGUCCAGAUGGGUCACUCAUGUCUAUUAAAUUCCAGCAUCUAAAGCUGCUUCUACAGUACUCGGACCCAGAAUUUUACUCUUACCUGGUGUCCCGUGGAGCUGAUGACCUCUUCUUCUGCUACCGCUGGCUGCUCCUGGAGCUCAAGAGAGAAUUUGCGUUUGAUGAUGCUCUACGGAUGCUAGAGGUCACCUGGAGUUCCCUGCCUCCGGAUCCGCCUGAGACUGAAGUGGAGCUUCUUGGACCGCCACUAGACGCUGAUGAAACUGUGACCUACAAAGACAAGACAGUCGAGACAUUCCUCAGAGAUGAUAAGGAACAAAAAGAGAAGCAGCGGAGGAGACAUAUGCUGAGGCCUUCAAAAGAAGAAGCAGAUGUGACCAGGAAUGCCGUCAUAGAACAAAAAGACAGGCAAAAUGUAGCUGCUGGAACAGGAAGUGAGGGCAGUGAUUGUGAAAUUAAUCAAGUGAGUCUGGUAAAGUCAGAUUUUCAGGCUCCUUUUGAAAAGCAAACAAGUUUUGGAGAAUUUAAAUACUACACUGCCAGAAAUGAAGAUAGCUUUGAUAUGGAAGAUGGUGACCAACCACAGGGUUUGGCUUUUUCAAAGUCGGUACCAAACAUCCCAAGACGCCAGUCUACAGUUGAUAGUGAUGGGGAUCCAGAAGAGAGAACACCUCUCAUAAAAGACUGUGAAAUUGGUUUCUCUCCAAUAUCAUCACCUCACCUCUUUCAUAGUGGCCUACCUAUUUGGAAAAGUGGCUCCUCUGUGUCUCUGACAUCUUCAGCUUCACCCUCCAGCUGGCCAGGAGCUUCUCCAGACUCUCCUCCAAAGUCCACAUCCCCAUCCACAAACAAUGGGAGAGAGGCCUUACCAAGCACUGUUCCAAAAAUAUUGACCUCCGCCGCCCAAGUGCUAAGCGAUACAGGGAUCAACUCUCCAACAACCCCCUAUGUAAAAACAUCUAUUGCAUCUUCCUCCCACCCUCAGAAUCGAUCCCUUCUCUCUUCACCUAUUUUGUCCUUUGGCAGAGGCCCUUCGUUGAAUGGCAGCAGUUCAUCCACCAACAAUCUUCCUUCGCCAGGCAACAAAUCUCCCAGCACCGCAGCUAACACACCCAGUUCUCUGAAAGCUGAGACCAACAGCAUCAAAUCGUGUUCGCUGCCGCCUCCGCAAGAGUUCGGCAAAGGCAAUCCCUUCAUGCUGUUUCUGUGCCUGUCCAUCCUGCUGGAGCACCGAGACCACAUAAUCAAGAACAGCUUGGAUUACAAUGAGCUAGCCAUGCACUUUGAUCGGCUAGUGCGGCGCCACAACCUUAGCAGGGUGCUGCAGCGAGCCAAGGCCUUAUUUGCAGACUACUUGCAGAGUGAAGUGUGGGACUCUGAGGAAGGGGAUGAGGUUAGCUCUGACUCCCCAACAACAAUUACCGCUGUGCAACACUCCCCUUCUUCAGCCAUCUCUGCCAGGCCCAUUUACAGCCCUUUAGCAUCGCCUCAGUCAUCAUUUCAAAACUCAACCUAUAACCUCACAACCACCAUACCCUCCCCAACAGCCCAAGUUUCCUUUACCCCCGCUUCCUGAUUCCAUCAACACUAGAUUCCCAACCUCAGCGAAAGACUGAUUGUGGCAUGUUGGAGGUGUCCACCUUUUUAGACAGCCUUCCUAAUUACAUUGGGCUGUUAAUAAUCUUCUCAUUCUGUGUAUGCUUGAACAUGUAUUCAUAUUCCUUUUGUCAGUAUUCAUUGUUAUCUUUUAUUUUUCUCCUAAAACCUUCCAGUUAAUAGAAUGGAGGUCUGUCCUUGAUGAAAGAGCUUCAAUUCUUUUCAUGUCCUCUGUUGUUGCUGAUGCAUGAUGUUUAAACCUGUGAUUCAGGUGUCAGAUAGUUGGGCUGUCUGAGUUUUGCCAGAACCAAUGACAGUUUAGCCACCUGGUGCAUUUAACCUGAGUUAGUGCAUUUAACCUGAGUUGCCCUCUUUUUUAAACUUUGUUUAAAAACGUAUAUGUUAUGUCCUAUAAGCCACAAACGUGUCUUAACUAAAACACUCAUGUUUCUAUAGUUAAAAACAAAAGGGAAUUCCACACUCUGAUAUACUGAAAGUAACGGUUUGAAUAGUUCUUAUUCAUAAGGACAUUUACAAAAACGACUCAUCUUAUCAACCAAGCUCUAAGUGGUCAGUGAGUCACAAAAUAAACUGAUGACAUAAAUAGCCAGCAUACAUACUUAACCUCACCUUUCUGACCGAGCCCUGCAUACAUUUGCUUUGCUUCUGUACGUUUGUCUAUUAUGAUAAAACAAAGAUGAUGAAGUCAAAGUGAUGUCUUCGGGGGUCAUCUUAGCUUGGGCUUGGAGCCUUUAUCACAAUUUUGGGUUGCAGCUAGGAUCACUUAAGCAUGCAUGAGUCCAACAAAUAUCCUAUUGAACUGUAUCUUGUUCAAGCAAUUUCUCUUUUUUGUCCCUGAACUUUUUGUACCUGAAAAUACAAGCUGGUGGUCUGGAGCAUUAAUUCAAAUGCCGUUUGCCGAACAAGUGUCUGCUGGAUUUCUACUUUUACUCUUCCCAAGUGCUGUUGCAUGUGGAUGUGAUGUGAUGAGAUGGAGAGAAGAGUCCUUCAUUCCUCCACUUAAAGAUUCCCAUUGAUACCACUCUGCUCUAGAUGACCCAGAAUUAAUGAAUAUGUCUUUCAGCCUUUGGUUCUCUUGUUGCCAUGAGCUGGAUAAUUUUAAUUUUGUGUGAUGAUUAAACUUUCUUACUGCUUCUAUGAAACAACAGGUGAUCUACAGUACAGUUUUACAUUCACCCUUACAUUCAUUCAGUGCAUCUAAUUGCAUUGCACUUUGUUAUUCUAUGGGGGGAAUUACCCAUUCAGGGUUUAGCAUCUUGCCCAAGGACACUUCGGCAUGCAGAUGGGUCAGGGGACCCAGGUUAGAGGACGACCACUCUACCCCUCAGCCACGGCCGACAUGUGGCUGAAGUUUCCAUAAAUUUGGGUGUAAUUAUUAUGAAUCAGUGACAUGGUCAAAAGUGGGGGGCACCUUAGCUAAACAAUCUUUACACCGUUAUUUUGUCUUUGUUUCUCAAUUUUGAAUGUGACUCAGCCAAUCAAGGUUAUAUCCAGGUCGGUAGCUGAGGUGUCUAUGGUUAUAACAGGACAAUGUGGCUGAUCUUUUAUGUCGUCAUGUUACUCAAUGAGGUAAAGUUGUGUAGUGUGUGUGCAGAGCUGCAGGGAGCAGUUUGGUGUGGAUCUACAUAGACUGUAUGUGUGCUAGACUCAUACAUUCAAACUAUAACAGUCAUGAAGAAAGUAAUAUACUUUAGUUAAAGGCGAGUCAUCAUUUCAGCACUUUGGUUAUUGCUGUUUCCCAAAGACUGUUUGACUUUUUGUGUUUUGUCUGUGUUCAUUGAAUGCACAUUUGCUGAUAUCACACAUGAAAGUCUGUUUGCUUUAUGUGAUCACUGAAAUUGGAAUCCUGGCUGUAUAUUCAUUAUGUUAACAAUUGAUUCUUCAGUUUCAUAGACAUUCUAAAGUAGAAGAUGAUGUGAUACCACUUGACGUAGCCAAUGACACAAAUAUUAGCCUAUUAACAACCUGUGGAAGAGAAGUGCCUCACUUGUUUGAAUCAAUAGCCUUGAUUUUAAAUUUAUCUUUUGUCCUCUUAACAUUUGUCUACGUAAGGUCAUCACACACGCUGAUCAAAAAAAUGUAUGAAACAAUGUGACUGGAUUGUAUCAGUGACAGCUCUUAUGCAGGGUGUUCACUACAGAGUUAAUUUAGGAGGGAGGGUAAAACAGCAUCUAACUAAAUUGUAUAGAAUCUGCAUACAUCUAAGAUUCUGAUCUCAAUAUGUCAUGUCUGUCACUAGUCUUAAAAACAUUUGUACACAUUUUGAAUUUAGUUAAACUAUGAGUCCAAAUUGUCAUUAAUAAGUUUGAGAAUAUGUCACUGAAUAUGAAAUUAUGAAACAAAGUUUGACUUUGUACAUACAAUUUUUUUGUAAUUUUAAGUCUUUUCAUCUUGUUUUGCAUGUAAGGAAAAAAAUUAUCCAGUAAUGUAUUUACAAUUAUUUAUUGCAGACAAAGCAAACAUGGAAACUGACUAACAGUUUGUUGAGAGGAAAUAUGUCCUCUAACUUUGUUCUGUAGUUGACAUCAUCCAUGACAAGGGUUGAUCCUGUGUCUCAACAUUUGGUCAAAUGUGACUUAUCUUUUCAAGUCAUCUUUUUAUGUGCAUAAUUGAAAUACCCUGAGAGAUCAUUUAAAUGUUAAAUUGAGAUAUUCAGAUUGCAACACAACAAAGUCAGCAGUCAGGAGUGCUAUGCUCAUGUAAUCAUAAUAUUAGCUUGGGUUUGUUUGCCAGUGAUUAGAAAAUGUUGACAUGGCUCAGCCUUGUUCAUUGCACAUAUUGAUCUCGGUCAAAAUAAUGUGCUGUAUAACUUAAAGAGUUUUAGUUAAUACAUCCUCGGAGUUGCACCUGCUGAUUUUGUUGUCAUGCCACAAACAGAUUUUCUCCCAGCUUGUUGAUGUUUGGGAUUUCAACAUAACUUGGUCAUAUGGGAAAAUCUGGGGAACAUCGUGUUAAGAUUUUUUUGAAGAUUCUUUUUUUCCUCAGCACUGUUUACUUUUAAGACUCAAGGCUUGUCUUGACUCUUCUGUUCUUUCUGCUGUUGUGUAUGCUUAGUAAUCUGUAAUGCAGAUGGCUGAAGUGAAAUACUUUUGCUAGAAGUUUGCCUUCAGGGCUUUACGCUAGAAAGCUUUUCUGGUAUCAACAUCAGUUUUCGACUACGGUUUGGUGAAGUUUAGGUUAUUAGAUGACUUAUGUGUAGGAACAGAACAUGGUUUGUGUUAAGUCAGAUCAUUUCACUACAUGAACCUCGUCCAAAGGUUUUCUGACAGAAAGGAAUACUUCUAACAUGUGCAAGUGAUCUCUUGUCUUUAGAAAGACCCGUGUGAUUAUUGUGGUCAUUACUCGUCUGGUUCAGCCUCCUUUUGUACAUCAGUAUUUAAUAGCAUAUUUAAAAAGAACUGAAACAACUGGACUAGGUGGACUAUGAGCUAACAAUAUGUGCGUUUGCAAAAAUGUAUUUGAUUAUCUCAUUAAAUUAUAUAUGUGCACAAAGUAAAAA